AUGGAGAACGAGAAGGGAAAAAUCGUCGACCUCUACGUGCCUCGCAAAUGCAGUGCCACCAAUCGCAUCAUCAAGGCCAAGGACCACGCCUCCGUGCAAAUCAGCAUUGCCAAAGUUGACGAGAAUGGCCGGUACACCGGCGAGAACCACGUAUAUGCCCUCUGCGGAUUCGUACGUGCCCGGGGAGAGAGCGACGACAGCUUGAACCGACUGGCGCAACGGGACGGGUUUUUGAAGAAUGUGUGGAGCGCGGCUUCUCAGCGCUAA